UGCAUUGGCACACAUAUCAGACGUCGUCCGGAUUCGGGAUGGCCCUUUUGACCCCGUCGAGGACUGGACAAAGUCAUCGGGUGCGCUGCUGUGUAAGCAGUGAUAAGGCACUUCUUAAUGUGUUUGCACAGGGGCCGGAGUAAAAAGGGCCUCUGACGCAGAAGGGCCCACAGCCUGCCGCCGCCUUCACAAUGGAGACCCCAACGCCAAACACGGCCCCAAAUGUCACGCCACGCCUGGACAUGGCAGGGAGGGAUGAGCGGCCUGAUUGGACGGUGUCAGUGUGGGUGUCUCGUUUUAAAAGGCCCGGUGGAUGUGGUGUGACCGUAGAGGAAGCGCGGCGUAAAAUACUGUAAAGUGCAACACACUUGACAAGCCUUCUCAUCUUAGAGGCGCAUCAGUGCAAAAGAGAUUUUAAGAGAAUCAUUUAGCUCUCAUUCACAGCUGGACGGUCUCACCUUCAGGUCACUGAGAUGUAUAAGGUGGGCAUGUUGAAACUAUUGACCACAGUUGCUCUGCUGACUGUUGCUUCGGUGUUGGAUGCUGCUCCGCUGAUGCCUAGAGAACCAGAUGCUUUUGGAGAACCAGCUGAUGGAGAUCCACAGAGGAAUAUUGAGGAAAAUGCAGCACAAGCGACGAGGAUUUUCGAGAAGCUACUGAAGACCAGACCAAUGACGACAUUUCCAGACGGAGAUGGAAAAACCGUAGCGAUGAAAGCAUUAGAUGAAAUAAUUACAGUGACAAGUAGCCCAAAUAUCAGAGACAAAACCUUAGACACGGGUGCCAAUAAUCCAUUAAAGACACUAACACUUCUUUCUGAUGGACACGAGGAGAUUGGUGAUGGAUCUCUGAGGAUUGACCGCAUGACCAGUUCACCUGAUUCCCAGCGGCAAGAGGAGAAGGACAGACUGUUCAGACUGUCCAAGCUGAUUGAUUCACACGAGCACAGCGACGCUCCGUCAGCAGCCGAACAAUCAGAGCUGGGGAAGAUGCUGAGUGCACUUGAAGAGCUUCACAAGUUAAUGAACAGCACACUGAGCCAUCGAAUCACCUUCAUAACCAGAGGAAAUAGCAACGGACGAAGUACUGGGAAGAAGAACAAAAUGCCAGUUACAGAUGGAAACAUGAAAUCCACCACAGCGACCACUAUAGACAGCGGUGAGAUUUCACCGAAGGCCAGCACUGACCAGAUGGAUCCCAAACUCAGCGGAAAAGCCAUUAAAAAGUCUCUUCCAUCAGCUAAGAAAACCAACAAGCGAGUGUGCUUCUGGAAGUACUGCUCUCAGAACUGAGAUGAGCUGCUCAUUUCUCUCUCAUUACACCAAGCAACAAAUCCUGUUCUCAAACAGAGAUGCUUAAAGUCUUCUCAAAGGAUCAUCAGUAACACGACUGACCCCUCUGACCUCUGUGACGUGUGUACCUUUGACUUUGUGCACGAAAUGCUCUUAACCUUCCGUCUACAACAUCUUCGUUGUUGCAAGCUCCAAUAAAACUGACAAAGCAUGCAAAAAAAUACUGUGAUAAUAAAGAGAACUUUAUUUUUCUACAGAUAUCUCUCGGUGAUCAUUGCAAAAUAAGACGUGCGUCACUGUACUAGCGUUUGCUCAAACGUAGAGGUCACUAUGGUGAUGAUGAGGUGGCAAGUCGACUAGAAAGACAAGCU